AUGGACACAUUACCACCGCCCCCGAGACCCGAUAGCCCUCCGCGCCGGCUACGGGCCUGCGAGCCGUGCACCCGGGCCAAGGCCCGCUGCCAUUUUCGCGAGGAGAACGCCCGCCGGCACCUGUGCGAUCGAUGCGAACGACUCAAUGUUGACUGCUCUGCGAAGACGAAGGGUGUCAGGAAGACACGGCAAAUCAAGCCUCUGGUGAACCGCAUCGCAACACUAGAAAAGCAAAUCGCCCACCUCGUCACGCCAGAAAAAUCCCCAGCGGACUCGACCCCGAACGACGCGAGGGCAACACCCUCGACAUCUCCGCCUCCUUGUCACGCCCGCCGCAAUGAACCUCACUCAACAGCAGCCCUCAUUCACCGGCCCCCAGCAGGACCCAUAACCCACCUCUCCUCGUCCAGCGUAACGACAACAAUAACACCGCCCCUAGGUCUAACCUGGUCCCAAGCCGCCAAUAUCCUCGCCGACUUCCGUGCAAACUUUGUCCCCAAUUUCCCCUUUGUCCAGAUUGACGGGCCCGCCGCGGCAACGGGAUCCCCGCAGAGGCUCGCGCGCGACAAGCCGUUCCUCUUCAGGGCAAUCAUGCUCGUCGCCGCGCCUGUGUCCAAGUCGAGGGCCGAGGUGAUGCACCGCGAGGUGCUGGCGGACAUGGGGAGACGGCUGCUGCUCGAGGAGGAGGGGGGCUUGGAUUUGUUGCAGGGGAUGUUGGUUGUCAUCAUGUGGGCCGAGUGUAAGUACUGGUUUGAUAAGCAAAUCACGCGACUAGUCUACGCAGCUCUGGGCUACGCUCACAGCCUGGGCAUCACGAAACCCCCGCGCUCGCUCCUGCAGUCGACCCGUCUCAGAUCACACUACUACCCCGAGGAGCGGCAGCCCGAGGACUGCUUCUCCAUGAAAGCAUCCUUCAACAUGACGGAGCACCACACCCUCGAGGAACAGCGCACGUUCCUGGGUCUCUUUUGCGUCGUGACGGCCAACUGCACGCAGUUCUCCCGGAGACAGAAUCCCCUCCUCCCAAGUCUAUGGGAGUCUUCUGGGGGGGGCCGGGACCAAGGUAUUCGGGGGCCGCACCAGCUCAUGAGCAGGGAAGGAGGACUGGCGUAUCUAGACGUCUGCUGCGAGAUCCUCACGGCGUCCGGGACGGUGGAGGACCGGAUGGCGGCAAGGAUGUUCAAGAUGGCUGCUACCUCUGCGCAGAUCACCGACGGCUUCGGGCCCGUGUUGGAGUGUGGACGGGGCUUGGGCAUGGGGGUCGGGUUCGAGGAGGAGGCUGGGCGGAUUCAGGCGGGUGUUGAAGGUGUUUUGGAGGGUCUUGAUGCGCGGGAUCCCUAUUAUGCAUACCUCCGCCUACAGCACCUAGCGCUCCUAGUCCAGCUCUACGAACCAGCAACCAAACCCUCCUUCUCAUCAUCAUCGUCAUCACAACCAACACCCCCCCAAUACUCGUCCUUCCAGAGCAUAGCCCACCGACGAGUAACCUACCUCCAAGCAGCCCUCUCCGCAGCGCGCUCCUACUUUGACGCCGUCCUCGCCUUGCCCCCCGAAGCAUACCUCUACCACACCUCGGUAGACACGGGCCUAUCGCAGGGCGCCCUCGCCGUGACGACGCGGCUGCUGGUUCUGACCGGCGUCGAGGGGUGGGAUCUCAAGCGCGCGAGGGACUCGUUCGGGUUCGCCGAGACGUGCGACAAUCUCGCUGCGUUUCUCAGACGGGUUCUGCAGGCCGGGAGAGAGAGGGUGGAGAGGCUCAAGGAGGAGACGUGGGUGAGAAAUAGCGGUAGGGGCCAUGCCACUGCUGGGUUCGACGGCUGGGAGGAGGCCAACGGGGGCGAGUUUGACGUUAGGGAGUCCUCGUGCGAGGACUUGAUCGGGAAGAUGGGGUGGAUCAAGGAGUGGUACCAGACUCGCGUCCAAACGGAGGAGAGCGGCAUGACUGCUGGCGGUGUUGGGAGGGAAGCGGUAAAUAAGGAUUUGAUGGAGGAGAUUGCAAGGAUUUGGCAAUGGCCUGCGGACACGGCAAGUGUGCCUAUCUUUAGCGGUUUGAUCAACCCAUUUGACAUCUGUUACGAGGGUACUUGA